AUGACUGCCAGCAUCGGAUACAACCUUCGGUAUUUUGAACUCCAUGGGCGUGAUUUGCAGGAUCCAUGGUCUUGCCGUCUCUCAGCCCUAUAUCAUAGAUAUGACUUUAUUAGAGGGCUCUCUGACUGGGUUAUCAUUCACCCUCUAGCCAAGCAUGACACGAGGGAGAAACACGAAGCCGCCGAGCAUCCUAUGUAUUUGCAUCUUAAAUAUCUCAAUUUGGCUACUCUGAACUAUAGAGAUUACUUAAACUAUAUCGCAGACAGUCUCAAGGAGUCAUUUGAUACAGUAUCGCUGUCCAAGAAGCCUCAGAACUUCCAAGUCACAUUUUCAUCUAAACAGGACAUUCUAUUCCUUCGCAAGAAACUGCAUCAUGCCAACGCUAUCCUUUCCAAUACGUUGGAGACGACUUUAAAAAUUAGCAGGCACGAACAUGCCCUAGCGAAAGCGGCCACCGAUUUUAUACCAAUGACUCUUCACUGCGAGUUUCAACGCGAGAUUCACAACGUCACAAUCGAGUUGAAGAACUAUAGGCAGACGGUCCAAAAGCUCCUUGCUACUUCUAAAGAUAUACGAGUAAUGUUCGAUGAUAUACUUAGUCUGAACUCACAGCAAAUUCAACAAUAUAACAGUCUUCAACUCACCCAGAUCGCUGAGAAUGAUUCUAUGGAAAUGAAGACUAUGGCUUCACUGGCAAACAAGACGUAUCAGGAUUCGCGCAUUAUACGUAUCACUACAGUUGUGGCAAUGUUUUACUUGCCCGCCAGUCUGGUCCUGUCCUUCUUCAGCACUACACUUGUGUGGUUUGAACCUUCAGCUCAACCUAAAACCAGCGACCGUAGCUAUACGCUACGUAUCCAUCAGGAGCUUUGGAUCGCUGUAGUGUUUUUGGGCUUGGGUGGUGGGACCGUAAGGAAAAGCGAGCCUUACACUCGAGGCCUUAGUGGUAAAUUGAGAGUUAAAGAUAUCCACGUUCUUAAAGAAAACCUAGCCGAAUUUCCAGAAGGUCUGGACACUCUUUACAAGAGAAUGAUCGAUCAAGUCCAUGGCAAGAAAACCCCCAAACUCUGUUCUUCACUUCUGAGGAUCUUGGUCGUUGUAUAUCAACCACCAAGCCUUAAAGAAUUGGCCGGGCUCAUCGGGGCUACCGAGAAACCAACACAGCAUAUGCGCAAGCUAGUCAUAGAAUGUGGCUCGUUUUUCACAAUCAAGGACGAUGUUGUCUACUUCAUUCACCAAUCAGCGAAAGACUUUCUCAGUCAAAUAACAAAGGAAAUCUGGAACGAGGAGAUGACGGGACUACACAGGAUUGCCUUCCUUCAAACGCUACAGGCGAUGAACGAGACAUUGCAUUAUAAUAUGUAUGAAAUCGAGAAUUCCGGCACCCUGGUCGACAAAGUACCAAUCCCAUAUCCUGACCCAUUAGGCCCAUGCCGAUAUUCAUGCGUUUACUGGCUUUAUCACUUCUUUGACUCCUGUCAAAAUUCGUCAUCUGAAUGUGUCGAGUUGUUGUCUGGCCUUAUCACAUUUAUCAAGGAGAGAUUUGUCUAUUGGCUUGAAGCUCUCAGUCUAAUGGGAAAGAUUCCCCAGGGAGUCUUAAUGAUGGAGAAGCUCAAGAACUGGGCCACUGGAUUCCCACCGAAACACUUUAUGAUGGUGGAAGGGAAGCUACAAGAUGAUCAAAACACUGCCAGAUAG